AUGGUGGACCACAAUACAGAGGAAAGGAAUGGCCUGAAUUUUGCGCGAAUUUUGAUUGAAGUUGAGAUGGGAACACAAUUGCCAGAGGUGAUGAAAUUCAAGAAUGAAAAGGGGAGACUGAUUGAGCAGCAUGUACAGUAUGACUGGGAGCCAACACUAUAUGGAUAUGGGAGUGGAUUCUACAAGGCAGCAUGGUCUGUGGUGGGAGAGGAUGUCACAAAUGCAGUGCUAGAAUUCUUUCAGAAUAGUAAGAUUCUAAAACAAAUUAAUGCAACAAGUUUUGCUCUCAUUCCAAAAAUAGAGGAGUUUCUUGAAAAAGUCCUGGAUGGUUUUGGGUUUCCUGAACAAUUCAUCAAAUGGAUCAUGUUGGGAGUUACUACCACUAUGUUUUCAAUAAAAGUGAAUGGGGAGAACUAUGGUUUUUUUGCUGGAAAAAGAGGACUAAGACAAGGAGACCCUGCAUCUCCUUUGCUCUUUGUAUUAGUAAUGGAAUACUUGUUAAGAACACUUCAGACUAUGAGUGGGAUGCCUGAGUUUAGAUUCCAUCCAAUGUGUAAGAAGGUGCAACUAACUCACUUAAUUUUUGUUGAUGAUCUCAUGAUAUUCUGGAAGGGAAAUGUGGCUUCAGUCAGUAGAGUUAUGGAGGCAUUAGCACACUUCAGUACUGCUACUGGUUUGGAGGCAAACUUGGACAAAUCAAGUAUAUUCUUGGCUAGAGUUGAUGAGAACACAAGAAGGCAAAUUUUGGCUAGAACUGGAUUCUCCGUUGUAAUAUUCCCUAUCAAAUACCUUGGUCUACCCCUCUCACCAAAGAAAUGGACAAACACUGAUUGUCAUUCUCUAAUUGAUAAGCUUACUAAAAAAAUCACUGUAACUUACUCAAAACAGCUCUCAUAUGCUGAUAGGCUACAAAUAUGCAGGAAUUUUCUGUGGGGUAGUAGUGCUGCUAAGAGGAAGAUAGCUUUGGUGUCAUGGGAAAAAGUUUGUUUUCCAAAGAGACAAGGUGGUCUAAAUAUAAAGGGCAGUAAUAAUUGGAAUAUUGCUUCAGUGAGUCAAUUGAUAUGGCAAAUCAUAGAGAACAAGGAGGCAUUGUGA